UAAUUCAAACUUUACUGGGCAAGGUUAAUAAACCGUUAGCUGUGUGGAAUCUCUUUUGAAAGAUGUCGCUUGAUCACUAGGAAGUUUAGCUCACUUUUGGUCCUUCGCGAGAUUGGAUUAAUGAAACACUAUUUAAUAAUGAAAGAAGUAGUAUAAGAAAAAAUCUAGUCUCCAUCAGUACAAUUACAUCUAAAGUGAAUAAUGUACCUUCUUUUGGGCUAGCCAACUGAAUGUACUGUCAGUGUAUCCUCCAGAAGAGGAUGCCAUAUCUUUAUGCACUUGAAAAUGAAUAUUGGGGCCUCAGCUUUAUAAUAUCAAACCUGAAUGGCUGUAAGCAUUAAGUUGCUAUCCAGUGUAUAUUCACAAAACAAUACAUUUAAUAUAUAAACUAGCGUAGUGUUGGUCUGUACUAUGAUACAGAAGUGUUUGUUCCAUUGUUUUUUGAAGUAUCUGUGGUGUUUUGUUUCUGCUGUUACUGCUGUUUAUUUGAAUUGACCCUUCUUAAAAUUUAUCUAAAUACAUAAUCUAAAUACUGUAACCAGUGUAUCUUGCUGUAACAGAUUCCUUAAAAUGCAUUGGGUGUUCCACUGCAUAUUAAUAACAGUGGCAUGUUUGCAGUUUACAAGUGCUGAUACUCCUGCUAACUGUACUUAUGAAGAUGCGCAUGGUCGUUGGAUGUUUCAUAUCGGUGAUUAUCAGUCUAAAUGCCCUGAAAAGUUAAAUUCAAAACAGUCUGUUGUUAUCAGUCUCUUAUACCCGGAUAUUGCUAUUGAUGCAUCUGGAAAUAGAGGACAUUGGACUCUAAUCUAUAAUCAAGGGUUUGAAGUAACAAUAAAUCAUCGCAAAUGGCUAGUUAUAUUUGCUUACAAAUCAAAUGGAGAAUUUAAUUGCCAUAAAUCUAUGCCGAUGUGGACACAUGACACUUUAAUUCGACAGUGGAAGUGUUUUGUAGCCGAAAAGAUUGGAGUGCAUGAUAAGUUUCAGACUAAUAAAUUAUUUGGUUCAAAAAGUUUUGGUAGAACUCUCUAUCACAUUAACCCUUCUUUUGUCGACAAAAUAAAUGCGCAUCAAAAAUCUUGGCGAGCAGAAAUUUAUCCAGAAUUAUCAAAGUAUACAAUAGAUGAACUCAGAAAUCGAGCUGGUCGUGUAAAAUCUAUGGUUACUAGACCUUCAGUGCUAAAUAGGAAAACUCCAUCAGAAGAACUCAUUUCACUAACUAAAAAUCUUCCUUUGGAAUUUGACUGGACCAGUCCACCAGACGGUUCUAGAAGUCCUGUUACACCGAUUCGUAACCAAGGUAUAUGUGGAAGUUGUUAUGCAUUCGCCUCUGCUGCUGCACUUGAAGCUCGUAUUCGUUUGGUUAGUAAUUUUUCCGAACAACCUAUAUUGUCUCCUCAAGCUGUGAUUGACUGUAGCCCCUACUCUGAAGGAUGUAAUGGAGGUUUUCCUUUCUUAAUUGCUGGUAAAUAUGGAGAAGAUUUUGGUUUUGUCUCAGAAAAUUGUGAUCCAUAUACUGGUGAAGAUACUGGAAAGUGUAAUGUAUCAAAAAACUGCAAACGUUACUAUACAACAGAUUAUAGUUAUAUUGGUGGUUAUUAUGGCGCUACUAAUGAGAAAUUAAUGCAGUUAGAACUUAUUUCUAAUGGUCCAUUUCCUGUCGGUUUUGAAGUAUAUGAAGAUUUUCAAUUUUAUAAAGAAGGCAUCUACCACCAUACGACAGUUCAAAACGAUCAUUACAAUUUCAAUCCAUUCGAAUUAACUAAUCAUGCUGUUUUAUUGGUUGGUUAUGGUGUGGAUAAAUUAUCCGGUGAACCAUAUUGGAAAGUAAAAAAUAGUUGGGGUGUUGAAUGGGGUGAACAAGGUUAUUUUCGAAUACGUCGUGGUACAGAUGAAUGUGGUGUAGAAAGUUUAGGUGUACGUUUUGAUCCGGUGUUAUAAAAUCAUUUCUAGAAUGAGACGGAUAUUUGUUUCCACAUAAUUUUUAUUGAAUUUUUUUUUAUAUAAUUAAAGCGUUCACGAAUAGACCGAUUGAUAUUUGCCUCUUAUUAUAUGAAUUAUUUUUCUUUAUGAUCCUUUAUUCAUAACCGCUAGACUUCUACUGAUCCGCUAGAAAUAUAUAUGACAAAUCAUUAAAUAAACUUUAUUACUGCUGAAAUUUUUGAUAUUGUAAUACAAAAAUUUAUUAUUAUUUGCUACCA